UACAUCAAAUUUAGGCUCGCACCUCAGUUUUUAAUAAAUUUGUUUCUUCUGCAACUUCUACUUGAGAAACUUUAUACAAGAACCAACCACUAAUUGAUAAGACACGAUGCCUUGCCUUUACAUCUCUACCAACCUUAACCUCGACGGUGUCGACACCGAUCCCAUUUUCUCCGACGCCACCAAAGCUGUCGCCACCAUCAUCGGAAAGCCUGAACACUUUGUGAUGGUGAUACUAAAAGGAUCAGUAGGAAUAUCAUUCAAUGGAAACAAAGAGCCAGCAGCAUAUGCAGAGGUAGUGUCAAUGGGUGGGAUCAACAAAGAAGUUAAGAGAAAUCUAAUUUCUACCUUAGGCCAUGUUCUUCAAACCAAUUUAUCAAUUCCUCCAGCUCGUUUCUUCCUUAAAGUUUAUGAUACUACUGCUGCCCAAAACACCCCUAAAUCCAAACUAUAAUCUUACUUAUAUUGUAACUAUUUUAUGAUUGUUAUGUCUUGUUAAUAAUUUUCUAUUUCAGUUUUCUGUUUACUCAA